CAAAAACUGCAAACAUGUCGGCCGCUCAACUACUCAACCCGAAGGCCGAAUCUCGACGACGAGGCGAAGCAUUAAGAGUCAACAUUUCCGCUGGCGAAGGACUGCAGGAUGUGCUCGCAUCCAACCUGGGGCCUACGGGCACACUCAAGAUGCUGGUUGAUGGCUCAGGGCAGAUCAAGCUCACGAAGGACGGCAGUGUACUGCUGAAGGAGAUGCAGAUUCAAAAUCCAACCGCAGUCAUGAUUGCGCGGGCAGCAACAGCACAAGAUGAGAUCUGCGGAGACGGCACAACGAGCGUGGUGUUGAUGGUGGGAGAAUUGCUGAAGCAGGCGGACCGAUACAUUGCUGAAGGCUUACAUCCACGAGUGAUCACCGAUGGCUACGAGGUGGCCAAAAACGAGACGCUGCGCUUCUUGGACGAAUUCAAGCUGGCGAGAGACGUCGACAGAGAAUUGUUGCUGAACGUCGCGCGGACCUCGUUAAGCACAAAGAUUAACAAGACUCUCGCCGAACAGCUCACUCCCGAUAUCGUUGACGCCGUCCUCGCCAUCUACCAAGCUCCCGCGAAACCAGACUUGCACAUGGUCGAGAUCAUGACUAUGCAGCACCGAACCGCAGCCGACACCCAGCUGAUUCGCGGACUUGCCCUCGACCACGGAGCGAGACAUCCCGACAUGCCAAAGGACGUUAAGAACGCCUUCAUCCUCACUUUGAAUGUGUCGUUAGAAUACGAGAAGAGCGAGAUCAACAGUGGCUUCUACUACUCCAGCGCGGAGCAACGAGAAAAGCUUGUGGAGAGCGAGCGGAGGUUCGUCGAUGACAAGCUGAGGAAGAUCGUCGAGCUCAAGAAGGAGGUAUGUGGCAAUGACCCGAAGAAGGGCUUCGUCAUCAUCAACCAAAAGGGUAUUGACCCGCUGUCACUCGAUGUGCUCGUGAAGAACGGCAUUUUCGCACUGCGGAGAGCGAAGAGGAGAAAUAUGGAGAGACUACAGCUCAUUUGUGGUGGCACAGCACAGAACAGCGUUGACGACCUGACGCCUGACGUGCUUGGCUGGGCGGGCCACGUCUACGAGCAUCAGCUGGGCGAGGAGAAGUACACUUUCAUUGAGGAGGUCAAGGAUCCGAAGUCGGUCACUAUUUUGAUCAAGGGACCAAACGCGCACACUAUCACACAGAUCAAGGAUGCGGUCCGAGACGGCUUGAGAUCGGUAUACAACAUGAUUGUGGACAAGAGCGUUGUGCCUGGCGGAGGUGCAUUCCAGGUGGCAGCUGCGAGGAGACUGAACUCAGACGAAUUCGGCAAGCAGGUGAAGGGCAAAGCGAAGUGGGGUGUCUCUGCUUUUGCUGAUGCUCUGCUCGUCAUUCCGAAGACAUUGGCCGCAAAUAGUGGGCACGACAUCCAGGAUUGCCUCGCCACUCUUCAAGACGAGCACGCCGAUGGUCAUGUCGCUGGCCUCGACCUCACACUUGGAGAGCCUAUGGACCCAGUACAGCAAGGUGUUUACGACAGCUUCCGUGUCCUGCGAAAUAGCAUCGCCAGCGCUACAGGAAUCUCGUCGAAUCUUCUGCUCUGCGAUGAAAUGCUCAAGGCGCGGCAAAUGGGCAAGUCGGGGCCGCCCGGAGGUGGCGAGGAAGGAGGCGAAUGAAAAAGAUGACAUGGGCGAUCGUAGAUGAAGUUUACUGCCACGAAAACGCUCGGCGGAAGCUUGCCAAUGCGCUUUUCUGGGCAUGACUCUGUGCAGGAACGGUCAAGGUGAGGAAGCAUUCAGCACACUGUAAGAGCAUACCUUGCCCGCGCGAGUUCGCAAAACAGCUGUAAAGUAAUGAGCACUAGACACAACGGCGAAAAGCCACG